AUGGCUCUGCCCGGCGGAUUCCGCACCGCCUUUUGGUGCUUCGCGCACGACCAGCUGCCCGAGCUGCAGCGGCGCGGGCUGCCCGUGGCCCGUGUGGCGGACGCCGUCCGCUACUGCUCCCAGGCAUGGGAGGCCCUGACGGAGCAAGAGAAAACAGUGUAUGCAGAGAAGGCUCGUAAAUGGAACAGCAAGAAACGCGCUCAGAAGAUGGUAAAGGAGACUUGUAAUGUGCCUGAUCCAGUUCCUGCUCUUCUGACCACCAAGAUGCCCAGUGUUACUCCUUUGCCAGAUGCCUCUGCUUUGUCUUGGAAGAAUGAUCAGGAUGUGGUUGCAGACAUUUUCUACUUCCUGGACAUUUACAGCUAUGGGAAGCUGCCACCCCACUGUGAGCAGCGCUUCCUUCCCUGUGAGAUUGGGUGUGUCAGAUACUCCCUGCAAGAUGGCAUCAUGGCUGAUUUCCACCACUUCAUAGAUCCAGAACUUCCACCACGUGGUUUUCGCUACCACUGCCAGGCUGCUGGUGAUGAUACCCAUAAGAUUCCCAUAUCUGGAUUUCACCUUCCUCGUUCCUGUUACGCAGUUGUCCCGGAGCUCCUUGAGUUUGCCCAGCCAGAGGGUGCUCAGCCUCGCUUCUUCUGCAGGUCUAAUGACAGAUUCCGAAUUAACUGGUGUCUUGGUCGAAUGGCCAGCAUUACAGGCAUUGAGAGCCACUGUGAGCUUUUUGCUGUAGAAGACCUGAUAAUGAAACUGUACCAGAGGAAAUACCAAAAGGAGCCCUCCAAGAUCUGGGUGUACAGAAAGCUGGAUGUCUGCCUGUGGGAUUUCUCCAGUAAUACCAGGUGCAAGUGGCAUGAGGAGACAGAUAUCAUUUGCUGUGCUCUGGCAUCCUCUAAGAAAAUGGGUUACUGCAUCAGUAAAUCCUUUGCUAGUGUGUAUGGAGUCCCACUAACAGCAGCUCACCUUCCUCUGCAAGGCUCUGAUUGUGAUCAAAGCACAAAUACCAGGAUUGUGAAACUGGAUGCUGGACAUACUCAGAACAUGAAAGCUGCAAGUUCUGGAUGUGAAAAACCUUUGGGUCCUCCAAGACAGGAUCAAGAAAUUGUCCUUUCUAAUAGUGGUUCUCCACGUGGUGUGAAGACCUCCUCUUGUGGAUCAAGUGUUGUACAAGGAAGAGGAGUUAUUCGAUUGCUGAGAAGUGCAACUGGUCUGUCCAAGUCUUUCAGUAAUUGAAAAUCUCUUUCACAUCCAGGCCAGUUGUAAAUUCUAAUUUUCUCUGUUUCCCUAAGAUAACUGAUGGUUUCUCCAGACUGCAGUUUUUCAUGUUCUGUGCAAACCUUGGCAGUUGGAGUUCUUGUCAGAAUGAUAAAACUAUUGACUGGAUUUAAAGAAGAUAAAAAAUCUUGUUCAGUAUCUACAGGAAGACUGACAGUCACAUCUUUAAAACUGCAUGCUGUACUAGUUGUUUUCUUAAUGAAUGGAGUGCAAAUUCAAGAUUGAUUACUCAAUUAUAUUGAAUUAGAAGAAUUCUUUAGUGACCAGUGUCACUAAACAACUUAAACUUUUGCUUUAUUUCUUUUUUAAUAGCCUUCCCACCUCCUGCAUGUGGAAGAUGGAAUUUCAGUGUAACAGUCUUGCUUCAAAAACAGAUGCAGGGGGGAAAGCAUUGAAGGUGUGAAGGGCUGCCCUAGGGGAAUUAAUUAAAAGUUGGUAGUCCCAAAAGUUUACUGUAAUAUUUCAAUUUUAGCCAUGAAAAAUUUGAGUGAUCUUUCAAAGCAAAAAAGCAGAUUUUAUUUAAAAUGUCUUGAAAGAAAUACUGUGGCAAAUUUAUCUAUCUUAAUGUUCUUAGAGACACAGGCUGUAUUAUAUAGAUCAAGAACAAGUACAGCAUAGAUUUUUUUUUUUUAAAUCAGUUUUCAAGACAGGCCUGUCCCUCAAACUUGGAGACUGAAGAGAAGUGUAGGUGUUAAGGGAUUGGUUUGUUGGAUUUUUUUUUUUUUGGAAAUAAUAUCAAAUUCAAACUGAUACACUUCACAAGAGUUUAGUCAGGCUGGGUGGAUACCAGUUAUAAUUAUUUGGGGGCACAUAGAAAAGUGGGACACUGUGUGACAUUUUCCAGGGAAGUUAAAUGUUACUUUUUAUGGAGGUAGUGUUGGACUAAUCCCCAAGAAGUUGUCUUUCUGAGCCUUGUGCUUAGUCCAUGUGUCUCAGAAAUAAGAGCUUAUUUUGUUAAGUUGUUCAUAGAUUUUGUACCAACAGAUGUCCAGUUUUGAAAUACUAUUUCCAUAGCAACUAACUGUGUGAAGAUUUUGUUCCUUGAAGGUACUGAAACUCAAGAUGAGGUGGCUCAUUCCCUUGAAUAAGGGAAUAAAAGCCAACAGAACAAAUGCAAGCAAAACCCAAAAUGCAGCCAAAAUAAGUUUAUUGAGCAUGCUGGUCAGUGUGUCAGAAAGGGACAAGUGCUGGUUUAGUUUGAAACCUGUUCCAGUUGCUGUAAGGCCAGUUGAACCCUUUCUUCCAAUAUUUUAGGAUCACUGAAGCGUUUCUAUUCUUGCCUAACAGUUCACCUUUAUCACUGAAUUUCCUCAAUUGAUUCUGUAUUUCCUUUCUUUGGAGGCUGCUAUCCUACCUGCUAAUUUUCACCAUAUAAAGGACAAAGAAGCUCUAAAGCUGAAAUUUACCAAUGAAGCACUGGGGAAUGUAACAGACUGAGAGUGUCUAUCUUGGUAGUGCUAAAGGCUUUUCUGCGUUUGUAUAGAGUGGUCCAAGGUCCUUUACUGACAUUGCUGCGUUGAUACUUCAUAAUAUACAGAGCCAUUGUUUCUGAAGUAUUUUCAGAGUUCACUGUUGCAAUAAAAGUUUGUUUCAGUUCUUACGUAGG